AUGGGCGAAUGUUUGCCUGAUAAAAGUCUGUGGCUGUAUGGUAAUAACUUGCCGCUGCUUCCACGAAGACAUGGAUCCAGCUCCAAGUUGAAAUUGAUGGAACGCUACGAGCGUCUGGGUAAAUUGGGUGAAGGGAGUUAUGGUAUGGUUUUUAAAUGCCGGAAUCGAGAGAAUGGUCACAUAGUAGCUAUAAAAAAAUUUGUUGAAUCCGAGGACGAUCCGUUGAUUCGUAAAAUUGCUCUACGUGAAAUACGCAUGCUGAAGACAUUGAAACAUCCAAAUCUGGUGAAUUUGCUCGAGGUGUUUCGACGCAAACGAAAACUUCAUUUGGUGUUUGAGUUUUGUGAGCACACAGUACUCCACGAGCUUGAAAGACAUCCGUAUGGCUGUCCAGAAAUAUUUACUAAGCAAAUUAUUUGGCAAACAUUACAAGCCGUUGCAUACUGUCAUCGACACAAUUGUAUACACAGAGAUAUAAAACCAGAAAAUAUAUUACUCACUUCCCAAGGGGUGGUGAAACUUUGUGACUUUGGAUUUGCAAGAUUAAUGAAUCCCGGAGAAAAUUAUACUGACUAUGUGGCUACCAGAUGGUAUAGAUCUCCUGAAUUAUUAGUAGGUGAUACAUUAUAUGGUCCUUCGGUUGAUGUUUGGGCAAUUGGUUGCGUUGGCGCGGAACUCAUAAGAGGAGAAGCUUUGUGGCCAGGAAAAUCCGAUGUUGACCAACUGUACUUAAUAAGAUCUACUUUAGGUGACUUAAUAGCUAGACACAUGCACAUUUUCAAAAUGAAUGAAUUUUUUCGAGGUAUGAGUUUACCACAGCCAGAACUUAUUGAACCACUGGAAAAAAAACUACCUAAACAAGCAUUGUCUGUUCCACAUUUGUUGGAUUUUUUAAAGAUGUGCUUAGAAAAAGACCCAUUAAGACGAUGGACAUGUGAUCAAUUAUUACGACACCCUUUUUUCGAUAAUUUCUCGUUCAAAUACCCGGAAGGAGAUUUAUACGAGUUUGAAAAGCUUAAAACAUUUCGAGAAAAAUCAAAGAAUGGACAUUACGUGAACAUCGCGUCAACGCUGUUUCCACAGAUACCGAGCAACAAUCAAAGCCCUGACUUGACUCGUCCUUUAAAAGUAGCGCAAAAACAUUUCGACCAUUUACCAGACAUCUAACCAAAGCUAUGUCAAAAAUGUUAACAUCGUCAGAAUUCAUCACGUUACAAUCAUACUAUACUUACUACCUAUACCUAUAUCUAAAUUAACUUUACAUUACAGAAGGAAAUUUCACCUGUUUACCUAUUAUGUACCUGCUAUAUGUUGUGAAAAAUAUAUAUUAUAUUAUGUUCAAAGUUUAUUUACUAUAAUUUAUUUCAUGUUUUU